AAUCUAAUUAUGAAAACUCACAAUCUUAAAAUCCUAAACUUUCUAAUAUCUCAAUUAAACUUUUUUUUUUUUAAGAUUAUAAUAAGUUAAAUCCUAAACAAAUAAAGCCUUUUGUGUUGAUCAAAAUCAAUGACCCUUCCAAUAUAGUCUUCUUCUUCUUCCUUUGAAUCUACUCAUUCCACUGAUUUCUGAUCACUACACUUCACCUUCUAAUUUUGAAAAAAUAAAAUACAUCCAAUCUUGAUUGGUUCUUGAAAUUGGGUCUUCAUUAAUAGUUAUGAAAAAUCAAGAUUAAGAUCCCAAUUUUUUUUUUUUCUCUUUUUAUUGAUAUAUCAUAUGGUGGAGACAGUAACAUCAUCGUAUUGGUGGUGGAGGUGGGGGGUGCAACCCCACCACCCACCACGUAGAUGGAUCAGCACCCACAAAGCUAUUGUCAUUGUUAUGUGGUUGGCAUUCAUGUUAACUCUAUUUUGGUGGCAGAUUGAUGCUACUGCCGGAAUCUUGAUUUUCCGGCGAGUUUUUCCGGGGAGGGAAGUUCCACAAUUGAGGCCAGUGGUGUUUAACUUGACGGAGUUUGGUGGGGUUGGUGAUGGUGUAACUGUUAAUACAUUGGCAUUUGAGAGGGCAAUAUUGGAAAUUGGUAAACAUGGGAAGAGAGGUGGUGGACAGCUUAAUGUGCCACCUGGUUAUUGGUUAACAGGGCCAUUUAAUCUUACUAGUCAUAUGACUUUGUUUCUUGCUGAGGGUGCUGUUAUAUUGGGCAUUGAUGAUGAGAAGUAUUGGACUCUCAUGCCUCCCUUACCUUCAUAUGGAUAUGGAAGAGAGCAUCGUGGACCACGCUAUGGAAGCUUAAUCCAUGGACAAAAACUGAAAGAUGUGAUAAUCACAGGUCAUAAUGGUACCAUUAAUGGGCAGGGUCAAGCGUGGUGGAAGAAAUUCAAGCAGAAGGUUCUUAACCAUACCAGAGGACCGCUCGUGCAGAUCAUGUGGUCUACUGACAUACUAAUCUCAAAUAUAACUUUACAAGAUUCUCCCUUUUGGACACUCCAUCCAUACGACUGCAAGAAUGUAACGGUCAGGAAUGUUACAAUCCUAGCACCCAUCGCUGGGGCUCCGAAUACUGAUGGCGUAAAUCCAGAUUCGUGCGAAGAUGUGUUGAUAGAGAACUGUUACAUUAGUGUUGGUGAUGAUGGCAUCGCGAUAAAGAGUGGAUGGGAUCAGUAUGGAAUUGCAUAUGGACGGCCUUCAAAGAAUAUACUCAUUCGGAACCUUGUCAUUCGUUCCAACGUCAGUGCCGGUGUAUCAAUAGGAAGCGAGAUGUCCGGGGGAGUGUCAAAUGUCACCGUGGAGAACGUCUUUAUCUGGAACUCGAGACGUGCUGUACGCAUCAAAACAGCACCCGGAAGAGGAGGAUACGUUCGAGGUAUAACAUACAAGAACUUAACAUUCGAGAAUGUUAGGGUGGGAAUCGUCAUCAAAACAGAUUACAACGAGCACGCUGACGAUAGUUUUGAUCCCAAAGCUGUCCCAUUACUGGAAAACAUAAGCUACACAACGAUACACGGUGAGGGAGUUCGCGUGCCUGUUCAAAUCCACGGUAGUGAAGAAAUCUGGGUAAGGAACGUUACAUUCAGAGAUAUGUCGGUUGGGUUAACGUACAAGAAGAAACAUAUAUUCCAAUGUGCUUUCGUUCAAGGUCGCGUAAUUGGCACCAUCUUCCCUGCACCUUGCAAGAACCUCGAUCUCUACGAUGAACAAGGACAUCUGAUCAGACGUUCUGAUGCUCAAAACGCGACAGACAUAGAUUACGACAUUUGAGCACCUUGCAAGAACCUCGAUCUAUACGAUGAACAUGGACAUCUGAUCAGACGUUUCGAUGCUCAAAACGCGACAGACAUAGAUUACGACAUUUGAAAUGAUCGCACCGACCCCUUCAUCGCGGGAGCUUAGUGCAUCGAGCUGCCUUUUAAAAUUUUUUUUUUUUUUUUUGAAUUUUGUUUUCUGCAUUAUACAUACACAGAUCCAAUGUAAAGAACAGCUUCUUUGUUCCUGUAUAGAAUCUUAGUUUCAUAAAGUUAAUGUCUUAACUAAUCCUUUUUGGU